UGAUCGUGCUUUGAAAUUAUGGCUCUCUCUUUAAAAAACUUUAUUUUUUACCAGCAAAUGGGGGUAUGCGGUCCUACCCUAUCGACCUCUGAACUGGAAGCAAGCCUUCGCGGAAAACCCUCAUCUUUUUGAAACCUCAAAACCCUAAAUUCCAUCCUUUUUCUCGUUCAUUAUUUUAUUCCUCGAAUGAAGUUUUCAGGUCUUUCAUCAUUGGCCCAUAUAAUCUGGGAAUCGCUUCUUCUUAUUCGGUUCCUAUUCUUAGGGCAUCCGGUCUCGAAUUUAUGCUCUUCUUGAUUGAUUUCAAUUUCUUUCUCAAGGACGCGGAUCGUUUAUAAAACCUUCUUUCCUUCGGACGUUCAUUGGUGAGGAAAAACUGAGGAUUUCAUUAGAGAAAUAUAGCUUGGAGGGGGGAAGUUUGAUUUUUUUUGGUAGCAAUUUCUUAGUUCUUAGCUAAUUCCCGGUUUUGCAUCAAUUCAAUCGAGUAUUGUGUGGGACAAAGAUGAACUCUCUCCAACUCCAAUCCGUUCAGGUCUCUCCCAUUUCCUCCACGACCGACCUCCCUCGCCUUUUUAGGCUCCAGAGAGUGAGAAGAGUUUCAUCAGCUGGACCCCGUAUUCCGCGCAUUUCCUCAUGUCUCGCUUCGGAAACAAAGCGGAAGGCAGAUCCUUCAAGCUUUGGGAAGCCAGUAUCCAAGGAGACCAAAGAGGUUAUGGAUACAGAAGCGAGCGUCUUUGUGCAGACAUAUGCUCGAGCACCUUUGGUGUUGAAGAGCGGCAGAGGAUGCAAGCUCUAUGACGUUGAUGGAAGAGAGUAUUUGGACAUGACGGCUGGGAUCGCGGUGAAUUCGCUCGGGCAUGGCGACCCGGACUGGUUGAAGGCGGUGGUCGAGCAGGCCAAUACUCUUACUCAUGUCAGCAAUGUCUUCUACUCAGUCCCUCAGGUGACACUUGGAAAGCGCCUGGUGGACUGCUCCUUUGCAGACCGUGUUUUCUUUACAAACUCUGGGACAGAAGCAAAUGAAGCAGCUAUAAAAUUUGCUAGGAAAUUUCAGAGAUAUUCACAUGCUGAUGAGAAGCAUCCUGCUACAGAGUUUAUUGCUUUUACUAACUGUUUUCAUGGAAGGACGAUGGGUGCACUUGCCCUUACUAGUAAAGAACACUAUAGGCUACCUUUUGAACCUCUUAUGCCUGGAGUCACAUUCAUAGAAUAUGGGAAUAUUGAAGAAUUCAUGAAAACAAUAAAAUCUGGCAAAACAGCAGCAGUUUUUGUGGAGCCUAUUCAGGGUGAAGGUGGGAUAUACAGCACUACCAAGGAGUUUUUGCAGACGCUGCGCACAGCCUGUGAUGAUGCGGGAGCUCUAUUGGUUUUUGAUGAGGUCCAGUGUGGGUUAGGCCGAACAGGUCACCUCUGGGCCCACGAGGCAUUUGGUGUGACCCCUGAUAUAAUGACCCUUGCUAAACCCCUUGCUGGUGGUCUACCAAUUGGUGCCGUCUUGAUCACUGAAAGGGUUGCAGCUGCCAUAAGCUCUGGGGACCAUGGAAGCACAUUUGCUGGUGGACCUCUUGUAUGUCAUGCUGCCCUAGCAGUGCUGGAUAAAAUCCGAGAGCCCAGUUUCUUGGCCAGUGUAACCAAGAAAGGCAUCUACUUCAAGGAACUAUUGAUUCAGAAACUGGGAGACAGCCCCCAUGUGAAACAAGUGCGUGGGUUUGGGCUUAUUGUUGGGAUUGAGCUUGAUGUGCAAGGUUCUCCGCUUGUCGAUGCAUGUAGGGAUGCUGGCCUUCUGGUUUUGACAGCUGGGAAAGGAAAUGUCAUAAGGCUGGUGCCUCCAUUGAUCAUAUCUGAGAAGGAGCUGGAGCACGCAGCUGAAGUUUUAAGGGAAUGUUUUUCUGUACUUGAUGCUAAUACAUCAAAUUAAGGGACGGAGCCGGCAGGCUUGUAAAAGUCCUGUAUUUUUAUUUUGGUUUUAUUACAUCUAGGGAGGGUAUGUGCAGUGCAUGCGGUGGAAGCUGAAAACUUAACCGAGCGACCGUAUCGAUCCUAUGCAACCUAGUUGAUGAUAUGGUUAUGGUUAUGCAAAUAAAGUAACAUCCUAGUAUGUUAAUUCUACAGCUGAAUAUUCAGCAAACUGAUUACUGGUACCUAACAUUUGGGGUUGAUAAUGAUGUCGUGAUUUAUAUGUGCUAGUGGUCUUGAUGUAAUAUAAUGCUGUCACGAUCCUCUGUGUUCUGCA